AUGGAGGCUGAAGUUGCAGGUGCCCCAAAUCAAGGCUGGCAUAUGGAGGGUGAUGGUGAUGUCACUACUCUACCCAGUGAGGGAGAGAAGCAAGUGCGAGACACAGAGACAGAUGAUGAGUCUUCUAGGUUAGAGCAGGAACCCAAUGAAGUCGUUUUGCUCAUGGAUGACCAUGGGCUGCAAGAUGAAUAUGUACAGUCUUUUGAUUGUCCACCAACUCCCACUUCUGGUUUUCUGGGAGUUCUUAGAUAUAAGAGGGAGUCCCAGUACCAAGCACCAAACCCAAGGAACAUCCUCCCAGAGCCUCUCGUGGACUCUCCAGUGAUGUGUGAGUACUGUGGAGAGAAAACAAGGCCUCCACUUGGACCAACAUUUGCAGAGGACCCUGGGAUCUUCUGCUGUGCCCAGUACCAGCAAUUGUGUGACAUGCUGGCCCAUGAAAGGUGGCUUGCCCUGCAGAGACCUGAUCAGGAGGAUGACGCAACACUCCCACCUAACAAUCAGCCAACCAGAGAGGAGGAGGAGCUGCAGGCCCAGGCCCGGGACAGAGAGGAGCACAGAAAGCAGGAGCGAGAGCGAGAGCGACUCUACCAGGACACACAGUCAACCCUCCGAACUGCAGAUACCUACACAUCCUUCUCUAGGACCAUCAGCUACCAGCUGUCCACCUGUACAGCCAAAGAGGGACAGUGGACUGUUACACAACAUCAUGGGAUUGAGGAGGACCUGGAAAAAGAAAAUGGAGACACCCUUUAUGACCAUGAGUCAUUUGAGUUUGGCAUUUCUCCGCAUCAGGAUGGGGCACAAUUUCUGGAGAAGUAUUAUGCCUGUGGGAGCAAGUUUCUCACAGUCUUCCCAGAUGGUUCUGCCCAGGUUUUCUAUCCCUCUGGCUUCUUGGCCCUGGUCAUAAUCUCUGAUGGAAGAGAAAGGGUAUGUAUUGUACAUGAUGACCACUCCCUUGGGCAGCCAAUCAGGGCCCUAUUCCAAUCUGAUGGCAGGGCCACAUGUUACCAUGGCAACGGUAAUGUCUGGCUGAGCUUGGACGCGUCAGGGGGUCAGUGUCUGAAUGAUGUGGGGGCCAGGAUCAGAAGGUGGAGUUGGGGAGGCCACAGCCCGACGCCCACCCCCCUGCGGCCGGUCUUCCUAUCUUUAAACCGCAGCCUGGGGGUGAGGGUCCUGGGACAGGAACACAUGUUUGUGUCCUUCCUUUCUGCUGGCCAACAGGCCAAGUUCAGUGUGGGGGCCUGUUUGCAGCCAGUGACUGUGGGGAUGAUACAGGCUCCAGGUCCAUCCAUAUCCAAGGAGGAGUGUAUUCUAUUGGCUGUACGGAUAAGGGUCCAUCAGGUAAUUCGGCAUCUCCACCACUGCCUGCGCUGCCCCUCCAACCCAAGGCCUCUGAGGGCUGGACUAGCUCCUAGCCUCCUCUCUCUGGCCAAAAGGUUACUGGACUUAAGUUGCUCUCUUCAGCUUGAGGAACGUGAGAGGGCCUUUGUCCACAGGUGUCUCCAGGAUUGCCUGUGAUCUCUAUACCAAAGCAUCAUUAUGUGGAAACAUUGAACAUUUCAGCUCAUUAUGACACCACACAGAUUUGACAAUAGUGAUCCUAUUAAAUUAAUUCCUAAUUAUAUGGAUUUGACUUACAUCACAGCCUACAGAGCCUUCCGAAAGCUUUCACAACCCUUGACUUUUUCCACAUUUUGUUGUUACACGUUGGGCAAAAAAAAAAAAGUCAACUAUUUCACAAAAUACUCUGUCAAAGUGGAAGAGAAAUUCUAACAUUUGUAUAAAAAAAAUAAUUUGUCUCCCAGUGUUUGUUGGGAUGCAGACUGAACCAGGUUUUCCGCUACGAUUUCCCAUGUGCUUAGCUCUAUUGUUUCUUUUUACCCUAAACAACUCCCAAGUCCUUGCCGAUGACAAGCAUACUCAUAACAUGAUGCAGCCACCAACAUGCUUGAAAAUAUGAAGAGUAGUACUUAGUGAUGUGUUGUGUUGGCUUUGCCCCAAACACAAUGCUUUGUAUUCAGGAUAUGAAGUUAAUUUCUUUUCCAGCUUUUUAGAAGUUUUACUUUAGUGCCUUAUUGCAAACAGGAUGCAUGUUUUGUAAUAUUUGUAAUCUGUACAGUCUUCCUUUUUCAUUCUGUCGUUUAGGUUAGUGUUGUGGAAUAUCUUCAAUGUUGUUGAUCUAUCCUCAGUUUUCUCUGUAACUCUGUAACUGUUUUAAAGUCACCAUUGGCCUCAUCCUGAAAUCCCUGAGUGGUUUCCUUCCUUUCCGUCAACUGAGUUAGGAAGGACACCUGCAUUUUUGUGGUGACUGUGUGUAUUGAUACACCAUCCAAAGUGUAAUUAAUAAUUUCACCAUGCUCAAAGUGAUAUUCAAUGUCUGCUUUUUUAAAUGAUUUAUCAGCCAAUAGGUAGAACCUCCCUGGUUUUUGUGGUUAAAUUUGUGUUUGAAAUUCACUGCUUGACUGAGGAACCUUACAGAUCAUUCUGUGUGGGGUCUAGAGAAGAGGUCGUCAUUCAAAAAUCAUGUUAAACGUUAUUAUUGCACAGUGAAUCCAUGCAACUUAUUAUGUGACUUGUUAAGCAAAUUUUCACACCCUAACUUAUUUAGACUUGCCAUAACAAAGGAGUUGAAUACUUAUUGACUCAAGACAUUUCAGCUUUUCAUUUUUAAUUAAUGAUAAAUGUAUAUCAAAUACAUAAUUCCACUUUGAUAUUAUGGGGUAUUGUGUAUAGGCCAGUGACAAAUCUCAAGUUAAUCAAUUUUAAAUCCCGCCUGUAACACAACAAAAACUUGGAAAAAGUCUAGGGUGUGAAUACUUUCUGAAGGCACUGUACUUGUACAAACUUCCAUCCCAUUAUGACAUCAUACAACACCCCCAUGGUCCUUAUUAAAUGAUCAGCUCAUUAUGACCUCACACAGCACCACUUGCAUCAUGUCACAUGCAGUGAACACUCAGCUCAUUGUGACAUCAUAGUGCCAUGAGACUGUGUAAUAUUGACUGUAAUAUUAACUUUUUUGUUUAUUACAGUUGUCUGAUACUUUAAGACCUCUGCAAUGCUUAAUUGUGAGAAGCUUGAUUUAAUUUUAAACAUGAAAUGAGUUAUGUGAAACUACUCAAUAGUGUCACAAUAACUGAACUUAAUUUCAAUAUUAAUUUCUGACUUUCAAUAGAUAUUUUAUAAGAUUAUUUUUUUUCUAGAUUCAUGAGUGUGUAUCAAAUGUACUACAUCAAAUAAUGUUAUUUGUAGCAACAUACAAUAAACAACACAGGUUGGUGGAACCUUAAUUGGGGAGGACUGGCUCGUGGUAAUGGCAGCCAUCGUUAUGAGCCAUCCUCCCCUCAGCAGCUUCCUGUGACAAACACCUAUGAGCUUGGUCAAUAGUAAAGUAGUCUUGAAUUGUGCUUUGUGUUAAUCGUUGUAAGGACGGCUCAUAAUAAUGGCUGGAACGGCGCAAAUGGACUGCCAUCAAACAUAUGCAAACCAUGUGUUUCAUGUAUUUGAUACCAUUCUGCUCCAGCCAUUACCGCAAGCCCGUUCUCCCCAAUUAAGGUGUCACCAACCUCCUGUGGUUGUACCACUAGCGGGGAUAGUAUGUUGUACUAUGUCUUUCACUGUGGAUUAAAGAGUCUGGUGUAAUCCAAGAUGGGACGGUCUCUGCGUUAAGAGUCUCAACCAGAACUGUUCCCAUCCAGAUGAGACUCUGCUUAAGCUCUUGCUAAACCCCUUAAUCAUUUAACCUAAUUAGAAGAUGUGCUCUUGUAGACAUGCUUCUCUUUACGAGUCUAGGUAGCAUUUUAGACGGUUAUGAUAGCAAUAUUCUUUAGGCAGCAAUAUACUCCUAUUAAGUGGCAUGUCAAGAAAUGGUGGUACACUGAACACAAAUAUAAACCCAACAUGUAAAGUGUUGGUCCCAUGUUC